CAGUACAGUUAUUGGAAAGUCGCAGCAUUACGCACACCUCAGAUUUGACUCAAUUUGUUUUUUCUUUCUAUCUAUUUAUCUCCUAUUCUAUUUCACCAUAUUUGUAGUUGUUUGAUUAAUUGUAUUGAACUGUCUAGUAAUUAUUGCUAUUUAUAAUAUUUCAAAGCAAUAUGAGGUCAUUCAAUGUGUUCUUGUUUUUGGCGAUAGCAUAUACAUGCGUCACAGUGGAUGGUGUAUAUUUUAAAGCUAAUAAUCAAACGAAUGAUUGGUGGUCGAACACAAUUUUGUAUCAGAUAUAUCCAAGAUCGUUUAAAGACAGUAAUAAAGAUGGUAUUGGUGAUUUAAGAGGUAUUAUCCAGAAACUUGAUCAUUUUGUUGAUCUUGGCAUUGAAACAUUAUGGAUUGGUCCACUUUUUAAAUCACCUAUGGAUGAUAUGGGAUAUGAUGUAGAAGACUAUAAAAUGAUAGAUCCGAUGUUUGGCACGAUGGAUGAUUUAGAAGAAUUAGUUAAAGAAAUGAAGAAAAGAAAUCUUAAACUAGUAACAGACUUAAUACCUAAUCAUUCAAGUUAUAAAUGCAAAUGGUUUGAAAAAUCAAUUAAAAAAGAUGGAAAAUACGCAGAUUAUUAUGUAUGGCGUAACGCUUCCAACCAAAAUGAAGUAAUGGCAAAUUCUUCCGUAACACCAAAGCCACCAAAUAAUUGGUUAAGUAUAUUUGGAGGUCCUGGUUGGACUUGGAAUGAUGAACGACAACAAUUUUAUUACCAUCAAUUCAAUGAAAAACAACCAGAUUUUAAUAUUCGAAACCCUGAAGUUCACCAAGAAUUGCUGGAUAUAAUUGGAUUUUGGAUGGGUAAAGGCGUUGUUGGAUUCCGAUUUGAUGCUCUUAAACAUUUAUAUGAAAGCGAUUCAUUCCAAGAUGAACCUUGUAAAACGGAAGGCGAAGAUUGUUCAACAAGAUACGACCGUAUUAAACAUAUUUAUACAUUAGAUCAACCAGAAAACAUUGAAAUUAUUGAGGAAUGGAGAGAAUUCAUAGAUAAUUAUUCGAAAACCAAUAAACUACCAGUUCCUGGAUUUUUGGCCACAGAAUCAUACUCAUCGAUGGAUAUAUUAAAGCAAUAUUAUGGAAAUUCAACGAAACCUGGUGCUCAUGUACCAUUUAAUUUUGGAUUAUUAGCUGUCAAUAGAGGCAAUAUUGUCGAAUCAAUAGAAUUUAGGAUUAAAACUUGGCUAGAUAAUUUGCCCGAAAACCAGGUGGCUAACUGGGUGAUGGAAAAUCAUGACAAUCCAAGAAUGACAACAAGAUAUGGUGCUGAAAUGGUUCCACUUUUUACAGCUUUAAAAUUAUCACUUCCUGGCAUAGAAGUUACGUACUAUGGGAGUGAAAUUGGUAUGGAUAAUUCGUAUGUGAGACCAGAUCAAGCACAAGAUCCUAAUAAUGCGGGAGAUGGGAGAACGGAUGAAUCCAGAGAUAAUGAAAGGUGUCCAAUGCAAUGGGAUAGUACAAUAAACGCAGGUUUUACGGAAGAAAAAAAAGCUUGGUUACCAAUAAAUCCAAAUUAUUAUAAAGUAAAUGUCGAAGAUCAGAAAAAAAUACCAACCAGUAACUAUAACUUUUAUAAAAAAAUGUCUCAACUUCGUAAAACCGACACAUUAAUGAAUGGUGAUCUUCAAACGUAUAAUAUUACUAAUUCGAUUUAUAUUAUAAAGCGAUCAUUAGUGGAACAUGAAUCUUAUUUAGUCGUAAUGAAUUUUGGCAGUGAAACUGAAACCGUUUUAUUGUCCAAUGCUGUGAGUAACCUCCAAGAACAACUUUACGUAUACUUAGGAAGUGAAAAUUCUGGAUACAGCACUGGAGACAUAGUAUCAACCGUAUCUUCACCUGGAAAACCACUAAAACUACGACCGCAAUCUGUAGCCGUAUUAACAGAUAAAUAUAUUGCAUCUGAAUCUGAAACAUCAACAACUAGUGAUACUCACAAUGCGGGCACACAAAUCAGUUCCAAAUUAAUUAGUUUAUUGAGUGUUUUUUUAUUUAUAAGAUAUUUCUUAUGAUUUAUGUCUCAUAAAUAUAAAUAGUUAUAUCUUAUUUUAAUUUCAAUUUUACUGAUAAGUUUGUUAUACAUUUGUUUUUAUAAUAUAAUAUUUAAUAAAAGUUUAAUUUAUGAUUAUUAAUCAAUGAA